AAACCCAAAGAUACCUCAAAGCAAAGGAUAUAUCAGAAGACAUAAUAGAAUUACCUAUCAAAAGACAAGAGGAUAUUAGAUCUACAUUACAGAAUUUACAUAAAGUCUUUUCAUUUACCAGAGCUCCACAAUUCAUCUUCAACUUACCACCACUCCCAGAA